AAGCCUUUGAUUUGACCUGACAAAAGAAGCCCCCGCAAACACCACUCUACACUAACUGCACUGUCUCUCUCCCAAGCAGGCGCAUUGGCUUCCAGCCUUUUCCGUCCGGUGUCUCCCUCCCUCCCUUCUCUCUAAUGAUAGCUUAGAGAGAGAAGGCUAGCUCCAGUCUCCCUCCUCCUUUCCCUCUUCCUCCCAAAACCCUUUUCCUCUUUCUCUCCCCCCAAGAACUUCACCUCAACUCCAAACCAUCCCCUUUUGCGCAGGAGCUCGGGGACAGUGGGCGGAGAGCUCGAUCGCUGCACCACUACAUCACUGGAGAUCCACCCACUCUCAUGGAGGAGAUCACCCACCACUUUGGCCUUGGCGCAAGCGGCCACGGCCAGCAGCAGCAGCACCACCACCCAUGGGGUUCCUCCCUCAGCGCCGUCGUCGCGCCGCCACCACAGCCGCCGCUGAGCGCCGGUCUGCCGCUCACCCUGAACACGGCGGCCACUGGGAACAGCGGCGGCAACCCGGUGCUGCAGCUGGCCAACGGCGGUAGCCUGCUCGACGCGUGCGUCAAGGCGAAGGAGCCCUCCUCGUCGUCGCCCUACGCCGGCGACGUCGAGGCCAUCAAGGCCAAGAUCAUCUCUCACCCUCACUACUACUCCCUCCUCGCCGCCUACCUCGAGUGCCAGAAGGUGGGGGCGCCGCCGGAGGUGUCGGCGAGGCUGACGGCGAUGGCGCAGGAGCUGGAGGCGCGGCAGCGCACAGCGCUCGGUGGCCUCGGCACCGCGACAGAGCCGGAGCUAGACCAGUUCAUGGAGGCGUACCAUGAGAUGCUGGUGAAGUUCAGGGAGGAGCUGACUAGGCCGCUGCAGGAGGCCAUGGAGUUCAUGAGGAGGGUGGAGUCGCAGCUCAACUCGCUCUCCAUCUCCGGCAGAUCGCUGCGCAAUAUCCUUUCCUCUGGCUCUUCUGAGGAGGAUCAAGAAGGCAGUGGAGGAGAGACAGAGCUCCCUGAAGUUGAUGCUCAUGGUGUGGACCAGGAGCUCAAGCACCAUCUCCUGAAGAAGUACAGUGGCUACCUGAGCUCGCUCAAGCAAGAACUGUCAAAGAAGAAGAAGAAAGGGAAGCUCCCCAAGGAGGCUCGCCAGCAGCUCCUUAGCUGGUGGGAUCUGCACUACAAAUGGCCUUACCCCUCGGAGACUCAGAAGGUGGCCUUGGCGGAGUCGACCGGCCUUGACUUGAAGCAGAUCAACAACUGGUUCAUCAACCAGAGGAAGCGGCAUUGGAAGCCAUCGGAGGAGAUGCACCACCUGAUGAUGGACGGGGGGUACCACACAACGAACGCCUUCUACAUGGACGGCCACUUCAUCAACGACGGCGGGCUGUACCGGCUCGGCUAGCUCCGUCAUCGCUUCCAUUUCCCACCACGACCUAGCGAGUCUCUUCCGUGUCUGAAGAACUGAAGACUUGGCUAGCUAUCUAGUGUUGUAUGCCGGAUGCACGAGCCGUAAGGAGGCUGCGCUUAAUUAUUCUGUUCCCGUUGCCACUAUGUAUUCUUAUGCUUAUGCAUGAACUUGCUUUAUGUGCUGCUCCACAAUGUGCUGUACUGCUUAUGCGUGACCUGACAUGGAUCGUUGAUUGCUACAUGUUUGAAUAAUUUGCAUGGUCUAGCUAGUUUAUGUCUGCUCUGAUAA